AUGGUCUACUACCUUCUGGUCGUGGAUCCUUCCAGUUCGGUGACCUCUUGCGCUUCCAGCGGUCUCUACGAGCGUGGCCCGUCCAGCGCUCGGGCGGGGCACGGAAGCGGCGCCGGCGUGGCCGGCGUGACCUCGGUGGAUGUCGUGGAGGUGAAGGGACUCAAAAUCUUCCGUGCCAUUGGCGCAGGAGCGGGCUUGGAAGAUGCGUUGCCCAUUCAGAGGACCAGUGCAUUGCUCAUGGUGGCGGUGCCUUCCGAGAUGUCGGUGGAAGAGCUUCAAAGCUUCCUCUCACCUGGCGACGCCUUAGAGGCUUUGCGGGUGGUCUUCCGGCACGAGCCACGGGGGAAGUUUUUUUGCCCCUCCUUGGAAGGGAAGAGCGAGCCGGGCUCUGGUGCUUCUGGAUUCUACACCUGCAUCUUGCUGUGCCGCAGCCAGGCGCAUGCAGACGCCUUGUACAAGGCCAACCACGGGCGCCUCUUUGAGAGAAAGGGCGGCGAUGACAAAGGACCGUGCUGCUACCUGGCGUUCUUGGAAGCCAUCGUCUACUCCCGGGAGCCCUGGGAACUCACCCGCAGCAAGUCCGACGAGCUGGCGGAGGGCGGAGCUCGAGCGACCGAGGAGUCGGAGCUACCGGAGGCGGUGAUUCCGAGCACUGCCUAUGAGGUGCCGUCAUGUCCAGUGUGCAUCGAACGCAUUGAUGUGUCGGGCACUGGCCUGGUGACCCACUCACAUGGCUGGAUCGCUGAACAUCAGGACGAGCGACAACCGCGUCCGCCCACCUGCACGGCCUGCGCGGUGAUUGCGGCCACCAAUGGGAACGGAAGGACGGAGGCCCGGCGUGCCACAGCCACCUUGCAAUGCGAAUGCUGCGAAAAGCAAGAUGAGCUAUGGGUUUGCCUCAUCUGUGGUCAUUUGGGCUGCGGUCGCUACCAGGAUGCCCACGCCAAAGAUCAUGCCACGGAGUUCCGGCACCGCUUCUGCUUUCAGCUGGACACCGGACGCAUCUGGGACUACGCCUCAGACGUCUUCGUCCAUCGACGCCUGGUGCAACACGCUGCUUUGGGUUUAAUCGAGCUGGCAAUGCCGGCUCCUGCCAUUACCGAGAGCUCCUCGAAGGCGGUCCCAGGGCAUGAAGAGCUGCUGUCGAUGGAGUUAGAUGCCAUUUUAGCCUCGCAGUUGGACCAUCAACGCUCCCUCUACGAGCGUCAACUCACGGACCUGCAACGGCAGCACAGCGGCGCGCUCGCCGCGCUGCAGGAGGCCAUCGAUGCAGAGGAGCAGCGGGCGAAAGACUUGACUCAGGAAGUGGACUCCAGUGAGAAAGCCAUGAAAGCGCAGGAGAAGCAACUCAGCUCGGCGCGGAAAGCCCAGCAGCAGGCGGAGGAACAACUCGGCUUUGCGCGGGAGCUCAACCAGUCCUUGCUGCAGAACCGAAAAGAUAUGGCGGGCGGCUCCACCUCCGACGCGUCCUCUGGACAGCCGGGACCGUCGUGCGAGGAAGACCCCCUCCUGGUGCGUUUGCGUGAGAAGGUCUCCGUCUUGCGGGAGCAGAUUUCUGCCUUGGACGGUUGA